ACCAAGGAUGUGACACUGGAGAUGGUGAUGGCCACACUGCCCAACUUUCAUCAGGCUUCUCUCCAGAUGUCCAUUACCUGGCAACUGGGCAGACGUCAGCCCUUUAUGGUGGCUCUGGGCCAGCAUGAGGAGGAGUAUUUUUCAGGCCCUGAGCCCAAAGCUGCGCUGAAGAAGUUCAGGGAGGAGCUGGCUGCCCUGGAUGAGGAAAUUGAGGUCCGGAAUGCAAAGCUGGAUAUGCCCUACGAGUACCUGCGACCCAGCAUAGUGGAAAACAGUGUGGCCAUAUGAGCACCCCCGGC